CCGCUCUCAUCCUCCAUCUUGUGGCUGGCGCCUUCUUCAGACCCCGCCCCUCUGGCCAGUCCUGUCGCCGGGCGGAGGUGACGUCACGGUACUUCCGGUAGAGUCGCAGUGUCAUUGUUGAGCAGACAUGAUGAUGGGUAGUGGGAUGCGGUUGUUCCCCGGGGGUCCGGCGCCUGGAGAGCUGCACUCCUUCCCGGGCAUGGGCCCCCACAGACACACGCUGAAUCCAAUGGUGACUGGGACCUCAGUGCUGGGUGUGAAGUUUGACGGGGGGGUGAUGAUCGCUGCGGACAUGUUGGGCUCAUACGGCUCGCUGGCCAGAUUCCGCAACAUCUCCAGGAUAAUGAAGGUGAAUUCGUGCACCAUGCUGGGGGCGUCCGGAGACUACGCCGACUACCAGUACCUGAAGCAGGUGAUCGACCAGAUGGUGAUCGACGAAGAGCUGGUGGGAGACGGACACAACUACAGCCCCAAGGCAGUGCACUCCUGGCUCACCCGCGUCAUGUACAACCGCAGGAGCAAGAUGAACCCGCUGUGGAACACGGUGGUGCUGGGCGGCUUCUACAAAGGGGAGAGCUUUCUGGGUUAUGUGGACAAGUUGGGCGUGGCCUAUGAAGCCCCGACUAUCGCCACCGGGUUUGGCGCUUACCUUGCUCAGCCGCUGAUGCGGGAUGUGGUGGAGAACAAGCCGCAGCUGACGCGGGAGGAGGCCCGGCAGCUGAUCGAGCGCUGCAUGAAGGUCCUGUACUACCGAGACGCCAGGUCCUACAACAGAUAUGAAAUCUCCACCGUCACAGAGAGCGGAGUGGAGCUCGAGGGGCCGCUGACGUCUGACACCAACUGGGAGAUCGCACAUAUGAUCAGUGGAUUUGAAUGAGACGACUGCCGCCUCCUGCGACUUCUUACUGCUGUUUUCUUAGUUCCUUUUUUUUUUUUAUAUAUAAUUAUAUGAAAAAUAAAUCUGUGUCCAUGG